AUGAGCUCUUACGUAGCCAACUCCUUGUUCAAGCAAACAAGUCAUGAAGCGUCCGCUUUUGCUUUGCCCAACCAUGGUUACGGCACCGUGCCCGAGCUCCACGUCCCUUCAGGUUACUGCUACGGCGGGCUCGACCAUCACCAGCGAAGUUCUUUCGCAUGCCCAUCCUCAUCUAGCUCGCUGCGUGCGGGGGCGAUGAACUCGGGUCCUCGGGGUAGUCCGAACGAUCAUAUGCCACAAGCGGAGGCAUCAGUUGCUGUGGGCUCCUCAAGAGAUCGUCUAAAUUCCAGCGGUCGCAACACUCUAAACCACGGACUGUGCGGUAACAAUAGCGAGGGAGCCGUGGAGUCCAGAGAAAUGCCCAGGGGGAAAACGAAAAGCGUCGAGGAGACCAAAGUUGGAACUUCGCAACCCGUUCAGCCAGUGGGACAUGCCAGUCAUCCGAGUCAGACACAAAGUAGUGACCAACAGCCGCAGAUAUACCCUUGGAUGACAAAACUACACAUGAGCCACGAAUCGGACGGAAAACGCUCAAGGACGAGUUACACCCGCUACCAAACACUGGAAUUGGAGAAAGAGUUCCAUUUCAACCGCUAUCUCACGCGUCGAAGGCGCAUCGAGAUCGCCCAUACCCUGUGUCUGAACGAGCGGCAGAUCAAAAUCUGGUUCCAGAAUCGACGUAUGAAGUGGAAGAAGGACUCCAAACUCAAAGUUAAAGAGCCAUUCUAA